AUUUCCGCAUCGCCAUGUUGGUUUGGUUACAACAGGAAGAAUUAGCAAGCUAGCAAAGCGUUUUAUGGUCGAGAGGCACUGAUAUGAAGGAAAAGACCCGCUGACCUCUGUGAAACGGAUCUUUACGAGUACGUGAGCUCAGCCUGUGGUCAUCUCCUGUCACCCGGUCUCAGAUCAGCUGGAUUGACGGCUGGCGUCCUCCCUCUCUGCCACAGUUGAAGCUUUGAGGUGACGUCCCGGGACCAUGUUGGCUCGUCUCUUCAGGCUCCACGGCCUGCUGGUGGCCUCCCACCCGUGGGAGGUGAUAGUGGGCACCCUGGCUCUCACUGUCUGCCUGGUGUCUAUGAACUCCCUGGCAGCCAGCAGCCAGAUGUGCUCGUGGAACGAGUGCCCCAAAGUCGAAGAGAAAAUCCAAAGCAGCGACAUAACCGUCCUGACUAUCACUCGCUGCAUGGCCAUAGUCUACAUCUAUUUCCAGUUCAAGAAUCUCAGACAACUUGGAUCCAAAUAUAUUCUCGGUAUUACAGGUUUAUUUGCAGGUUUUUCCAGCUUUGUUUUCAGUACAGUGGUCAUCCACUUCUUUGGGAGAGAGCUGACAGGCCUCAAGUGUCACUUCUGGCUUUCCAAUGGCUGCAGUGAAAUAAUACACUGUCCUUUUGACUACGUGUCCUCCAGUGAAGCCCUGCCUUUCUUCCUUCUGCUCAUCGACCUGUCCAAAGCCUGUGCAUUGGCCAAAUUUGCCCUCAGCUCCAACUCUCAGGAGGAGGUGAGGGAGAAUAUAUCCCAGGGCAUGGCCAUCCUGGGCCCCACCUUCACCCUGGAUGCUGUGGUUGAGUGUCUGGUCAUUGGGAUCGGCACCAUGUCAGGUGUCCCUCAAUUAGAGAUCAUGUGUUGUUUUGGCUGUAUGUCGGUCCUGGCCAACUACUUUGUCUUCAUGACCCUGCUCCCCGCAUGUGUCUCACUGGUCCUGGAGCUGUCCAGGGAAAGUCGCGAGGGUCGCCCAAUCUGGCAGCUGAGCCACUUUGCACAUGUGCUGGCUGAAGAGGAGGACAACAAGCCGAAUCCUGUGACUCAGAGGGUUAAAAUCAUCAUGUCUCUUGGUCUUGUACUGGUUCAUGCACAUAAUCGACUAGCGAAUGAGAAUCCAGGACACAAUCGAACAGUGGACGGGCCCGUAGCUAAGAGACUGGAGUCCGAUGAUACCACAUGGCCUCUGAAGCUCACCAGUAUGGACAUGGAGCAGGUGAUAACCCUCGGUCUUGCUCUGCUCCUGGCUGUGAAGUACGUCUUCUUUGAGCAAACAGAGACAGAGUCGUCGCUGUCCCUAAAAAGUCCCAUUAUCAGCUCUGCUCCCAGCCAGAAGCCCUGGGUGGCAGGGAACUGCUGCAGGAGGGACUUCCCGGCCCAGAAACAACACAAGACGAUGAAUGGUUUCCUGGCAACACACAUAUCCCCCCCAGCUGUUUCAGAAAGUCAACUUUCCCCUGAGGCUGACACGCCGAUCACAGGAAAGGAAGAAGUAACUCCGGCUCCAGCAGUUUCAGAGGAAAACAGCCCUUGUAUUUCAAGUUUUGGAGAUUUUCCUGUUCCCCGUUCUCUGGAGGAAUGUGUGACCAUCCUCUCCGAUCCGCAGAGAGGUGCCCGUUUCCUCAGCGAUGCAGAGGUGAUAAACCUGGUUACCCAACGUCACAUUCUUAACUAUAAAUUGGAGAUGCUCCUGGAUACUCCAGAGAGGGGCGUGUCAGUCAGGAGGGAAAUGCUAUCGACCAAACUUCCUGUUCACUCGGCCUUGGCUUGUCUGCCUUACAAGGACUACGACUAUUCUAAGGUGAUGGGUACUUGUUGUGAGAAUGUCAUCGGGUACAUGCCGGUGCCAGUGGGAGUGGCUGGUCCUCUUCUGUUGGACGAGAAGCAGUUUCACGUUCCCAUGGCGACCACAGAGGGCUGCCUGGUGGCCAGCACGAACCGAGGAUGCAGGGCACUUUCUCUGAGUGGGGGUUGCCGCAGCCGGAUCCUGGCUGAUGGUAUGACCCGGGGUCCCGUGGUGAGGAUGCCCUCAGCGUGUCGUGCUGCAGAGGUCAAAGUCUGGCUCGAGACCUCGGAUGGUUUCAGCCUGAUAAAAGAGGUCUUCGACCAGACCAGCAGGUUUGCUCGUCUGGAGAAGCUGUUUGGGAAUUUGGCUGGGAGGAACCUGUACAUACGCUUCCAGUCUCAGACAGGAGAUGCCAUGGGCAUGAACAUGUUAUCAAAGGGGACUGAACAGGCUCUGCUCAGACUGCAGCAGCAGUUUCCUGACAUGGAGGUGAUGUCAGUCAGUGGUAAUUACUGCACUGACAAAAAAUCUGCUGCCAUAAACUGGAUUCUGGGCCGGGGCAAGUCCGCUGUCUGCGAGGCCACCAUCCCUGCCAAGGUGGUCACGGAGGUGCUAAAGAGCAGUACAGCUGCUCUGUUGGAGCUCAACAUCUCCAAAAACCUGGUGGGCUCGGCCAUGGCGGGCAGUAUAGGAGGCUUUAAUGCUCACGCUGCCAACAUUGUAGCUGCCAUAUACAUCGCCUGUGGACAGGAUCCUGCUCAGACAGUAGGAAGCUCCAACUGCAUCACUCUGAUGGAGCCUGCUGGUGCAAAUGGAGAAGACCUGUACAUCAGCUGCACUAUGCCCUCCAUAGAGCUGGGUACUGUGGGAGGAGGCACCAACCUGCUGCCACAGCAGGCCUGUCUACUGAUGCUCGGUGUCCAAGGCACCAGUCCCAUCCAGCCUGGCGAGAACGCCCGGCAGCUGGCCCGCAUAGUGUGUGCCACCGUCCUGGCAGGGGAGCUGUCUCUGAUGGCCGCUCUAGCUGCUGGACACCUCGUCAAAAGCCACAUGACCCACAACAGAUCCAAAACCAUUAUAUCCGAAACCCCUUCGCAAAACUCUGGAGACGGCAAGUGUUGACGUGAUGGCCAUCUUCAAAGAGUGAAAGUACGCCCCCUGGAAUCCGGCACAAGAGGCUCUCCUAAUGAUGUGUUUCUGAGGGGAGAGCUGCGGGUGGUGGAAGACAAGCAACUAAAUCCACGCUGAAGACAGUGGUGUGCUCAGUUUGUGGCUGACUGCAAAAAGACUUUCUGGGUUGAACUGUUGCGUUGCUUAUUUGUUCCAUUUGCCUGCACCUUUGCGUUGCGGUAGUGUUUGAUAAAGGCUUCGCUGAUCUGGGAGUUGUGAUACGAUUUGGACGUGCGCGUGCACUACGCUGCUCAAAGACUUUAACAAGUACCCAGUGUGCCUCUAAAGAGUCGUAAAGCCACAAGCUUCUCCCAUCACACGCGGAAAGACACAGCUUCUACAUUAAUGUAUGAGCUGAGAUCUUCACACAAAAAAAAUCUUUGCACUGGCCAAUAGCUGUGUGUAAACAGAGCUGCAAGUAGUUUCAAACACCAACCUUCUGCCUGAAUGUAUGUGGUUUAUAUCGGCGUUGCUGCGUAUCACUUGCUCAAUCUUUCAUGAGCUGAGGUGCAACUGUAUACUGUGUAUAUUGCAGAAUGACUGGCGGCUGAACCUCUGGGUUUUUGUCACUCGUGGUUUGUUCAGACGCUGAUCUGCCACUCAGACGUUAGAGGCAGGUGUUAUUUUUAAGGCUAAUAGGAAAAACUAAGCCAUAUUAAUUAAUUUAUUUUUAAGGUACACUUUUAUUUUACAUUUGUGCAACUAUAUAUUUUUUUGUUUUUUUGUUUGCAUGGUUCAAAAAGCAAAAGGAUGAGUUUAAAGGAGACACGAUGCUUUUUCAGUUUUUCUAUUUCCUCUUGUGUGUGAUGGAUCUUUUGUAAAAGAGCUCCUCCCCGUGACAGAAAACACCGGAGCUCCUGAAACACCUCGGCAGCCGCAUGGCCGAUACGUUUCCACAUCGUCGUCAGGAUGUUGUAAAAGGAGCUACAGUAUGAGACUGCUGUUUCCACAACAUUAGAGCAUGGAAACCUUUAAUAACAAACUAUGAGCCUGGAUAGAAGCUGAAGGUCUCCUUUAAAAGCACGACUCACUACAGGUCCCACAGGUUCUGGUAUUUUCAGAAAGCAGCAAAGCUCAGAAGUGGCCUUACAUACAGUGUCUGAGAUGUUGAGCCUUAGCAUGUUCAAAUUAGAAUAUUCAAUUAUAAAUGAUUCCUGUCAAGAUUGUGCAAUGUUUUAUUUAAAAGAUAAAAACACUUUGUUCCCUCUGA